GCCCCGCCCCGCCGCCAGUACAUCCCCACGGCCCCGGUCGCGCCGGGCCAGAUGCUGCCGCCGAGGGGCAUCGCGCCGGGGCAGGUGAUCCCGCCGGCAGGCGCCCCCCGCGCCCCGGCGAGGGCAUACACGCCGCCGAUGGGCUACAACGACCCUCCGAUGGGCAUGUUCCAGAACACAGCCCCGGUCGCGCGCUACAACACCCCGCCCCCCGGCGGCGGGUACAACAACUACCCCGUCGCCGCGAUGGCGCCGCAGCGCGCCGACUCGCCCGCGACGAUCCCCAGAGCGCUCACGCCGUCGCACGGGUCCGCGAACAGCGUGUCGUUCGCGCUCGUGCGGAACGCGUUCCUGCCGAGCCUGCCCGACGAGCUCGCGGUGAGCCAGGGCGAGAUGGUGCGCGUGCUCUCGGAGUACGACGACGGCUGGGCGCUGUGUGCGAACAUGCGCGGCGAUCAGGGCGCGGUGCCUCUGGAGUGCUUGCAGCGCCAGAGGGUGAACGUCCCUAAUGCGGGCGCGGGCGGGGUUCCGACGAGGAGCAGGGAUGACCAGCUCGCGUUCGUACCGGCCGGAUGAAGUGCAUAAAAUUGGAGGCGAUGUAGAGCAUAUGGACCUGCGAUAUUAACCUUGGGACAGUUCGCCUUUUUGCUCUGUGCAUCACUGCGUAUUGUACUCCUAACCUCUUAGCAUUACCACGAACUCGGACUCUUAGCGUAAAUUAUGUUUGUCGGUGUGCGCGCUGCUGUAACUUUGCCACUGUAGUCCGUCGAGUAGCCACACCUUACUCUCUUUCGUCUCUGCGAGACCCUCUUUCCUUUCUUCUGUUGAUACCUUUGGCUAUAUCGUGUGCGGUGUACUGUGACUAGGAACAAUGCAGUGUCGACAACACCCUGAUCUCAGGCUAGCAGCCUG